AUGACAGACCACGUGACUUUUCCGACAUUCCCAAAAAAGUGUCGACUUGACUGGUCAACGAUGGGCAACGCUUCGAGUUUGCUGCCCCCUUCUCAAUCUCUGAGCGGAGCCAAGUCUGUCGCUGGUUCACAGAAGGAAGUUCCGUCCAAUAAGGCCCAGUCCGAAGCGCCGAAAGUGGCUGUUCCGUCGAAAGCAACACAAAAAACCGAGGCUCCCUCAAAGUCUGAAGUUCCGAAAACGGCGGUGCCCAAGUCUGUCUUCAAGUCCGUCACGGUGAGUUUUUUUCAUUUUUUCAAAAAUUUGAAUUCCUUCUUUUGAACUUGUCAAAAAGCAUUUUGAAACUCGCGAAACUCGGUAACGCAAACCGGACGUUCCAAGAAUUUGAAGUGAUCCCUUUAGGUGCGUCAAUACUCUUAAGUGAUCCCUGAAACUGCUCAGAAACAUUCGAUGUGAUUCCGACUUGCGUUACCGAGAUCCAAGUGCUCUGCCCAAUAUCAUCAGUUUCAAUGAAUAAUCUGAAUUUCCGACUUUUCAGCCGCCAAAGCCGAAACAAGACGAAGGAGCCUACGAAUCGAUCGACACUCCGAUCGAAGCUUUGCCGGAUCCGCCGAAGAUACCACAAGCCAAGUCCGGCAAAAACUGA